CCUAGAUGUUUGUUUGGAGUAUCAUAAUCUUCCCCAAUAAGAGAAGAAGUGCAACUUUACCUAAGCCAAUGAACGUAUCAGCUCGCCGCAUUGAGGAUGGGAGCGCUUACGGCUGUUGAUCAGGUUUACCAGGUAGAGAAUCCGCCUGCACUGCUUCCCACACACUUCUACAGCCUUGCGCAGGAAUACACAGUAUAACUCUAGAAGCCAUUAACACGUGCAUUAAUGUCCUAGGUAUGUACCUGCUGCUAUCAAACAUUCAUAAAGCGAAUUGUGUUUUACCCUGUUCGCUAUUCCGGCCGUUUGAGUUAGAGAUGUAAAACACUCAGAGAAUCAAUACGAAAUUAUCCAGUUUGUAAGAAUCAGCCAUGGAUAGUCCAACAGAUUCGUCGCCGUUUGACGGCUCUCCUACGCCAACUCCUCAACUUGGCCUUCCUAUGAUUGUAAUUAUGGGUGUAACUGGGUCAGGAAAGAGCUAUUUCAUCAACAAGCUCGCAGGUCUCCCCGCGGUUGCAGAGGGGGCACGAUUGGACUCAUGCACACAACGAUGUGAAGUAGUUCCCGUAUCUAUUGGCAGCACGCGGACUCUUCUCAUCGACACACCCGGUUUCGACGACUCCGACCGCACGGAUUCAGAUAUCCUAACUGAGAUUGCAAGGCUACUUGCGAGCCAGUACACUCUCGGCUUCCAGCUAAAAGGGAUCAUCUAUGUUCACCGCAUUACGGACAACCGGUAUGCGGGGUCGGCUGUGAAGACUUUCGAGAUCUUUAGGCGAAUUUGCGGAGACGAGGCGAUGAAGAACGUCGUUCUUAUUACUAGCCGAUGGAACGAGGUUGACGAGCCGACUGGGGCGAGCCGGGAGCGUCAACUUCGCGAAAAGUUUUGGGCUUACAUGCUCGGUCGAGGCUCGUGCAUGAAUCGCUUUCACGGUGAUCGCGAUUCGGCUCGAACCAUUGCCGCCCAGCUACUCAUCAAGGAAACAGUCACCUUGAAGCUUCAGGAAGAAAUGGUCAAUGGCGGCUUACAACUAAACGAAACAGCUGCUGGCUCAUAUGUCAGCGAUGGUCUCGACGAGCUAAAAGCCAAGUACGAAAGGGAAUUACAAGCGCUUGAGAAUCUCCGGAGAGAGCUACAAGAGAGCGACAGGAUGAUGAAGCGCCAAGUACAGCUGGAUAUACAGCGCGAGAGGGACCGGCUCAAAAGCGCUGAGCAACAACAGGUCAGUCUUGAACGGGACAUCGCCGGGGAGGUCCAAGAGGAAAUUAAGAAGGAGACUAAGAGACAAAGGUUCAUGAAAGGGCUCGGUAAAGUUCUUCCGUAUGCGCCAAUGGCUCUAAACAUACUGUUCCUAUUCGUCGGUGUGCCGCCUGGAGUAGGUGAUAUAUUCACUUCAUGGAUAGGCGGAUUAUUGAGCGAGGAUUCCUCUAGCUAGAUUGUUUACGAACUACCUCUGCGGUGAGUCGUAUAGUGAAACGGUUGAUUGUAUAAUUAGUUUUCACCUCAGCUUUGAUUUUUUCUUAGUAUGCUGUUUAGAAUAGACAUCUCAAUACGAUACAUAUGGGUUGCAAUACAAUAUCACCCAAGUCAGUUAUAAAAUGAAAGUCUACAC